AUGUCCCUCGUCAAACUUCCAUACGAGCUCGUAGCUUAUGUGAUUCAACAUCUCGACCUUGGCGAGAUCCGCAGCUUGAGCCUGUCGUGCAGAAAAUUCCAGUUUCUGCUUCAUGAACCAAACAUUGCGAAACUGAUCCUCGAGACAAAAGCUCCGUACUCACUUGAAGCCGGAAUUGCUCGGAACAGUAAGCGUUACGGCAAAGAGUUGAGACGGCUUAUAAAGCGCCGGGAGGCCAUAACCUCCGUCUCUCCCUAUCUUGUGGCAAUCGUGGGCUAUGCCGACACCUGGAUCUACGAGAACGGUCUUCUCUGCUAUACCCGAGGCGGUCAACUCCGCAUCUUGGACUUGCACCAUGCGGCUACUUGCGAGAUUGUUGUCAACAUUCGCAAACUCGUUGACACGGCUAUCCAAGAGCGCCGGGAGGGCACAAAGUACAGGUUUCAACUCCUGUAUUGCGCUUAUGGCAUCAUCUCGUGCCUGUACACGCAUGCCAACACCCCCGCCAAGCACGCCGAGGGAGGCUAUGCCAGCUGGCUUGUUGCCUUCGACCCCCAGAACAGUAAGAUCAUCAUUGUGGCACCCCUCGACUCUACCUACAAGAUCUUUGUACGCAAUGACGACAAGUUUCUCUACUACGGUACCAAUUCUGAGAUGGGCCGGGACGGCUACCGCCGCUGGGUGAUCCGUGGGUUUGAUCUUGUCAAAGGCGACUGGCUGGAUCAAAGACUUGAUAUAGGCGCCGUGAUUGGCUCUGACAUUGGUUCCACCGUCACUUUCGGCAUCUUUGAUGGCUACUUCUACGGAGUUUCGAACCAGACGAGCCUUGAAGUCGAGGAGGUUGACUGGGUGUCCUACUACAUCUGUUUCAGGUUCCCUCUUACCCGGCGCGGCUUUCAAUGCUUUGAGCAAGCACCUCGGCAGCAAUUCUGGCGAAGAGAUCAGGCAGAGGGGCCCAUUGACGACCGCUGGACCUUUCUUCGCAUGUUUAAAGACGAGACCACCGGCCAGCUUAAGGUUGUCGAGUCCAGAAAGGAGUGGCUCUCUGCUCGCAUAUCAGCGAGACGCACAUAUUAUACAACUGUCAUCGACUUCCAAGAUCCGGCCAUCAGGCAGGCUUGGGACGGGCCUGGACGCCGAGUGUCUUCAGAUACUGAGCCAUUAGGAUCCGAACGAGCGACAACGCAGAAAACAAGUCCUGCGGCGACCGUCCGAAGGAAUCCUCAUUUGGUCCAUCCGGGCGAUGACAGCGCGUCGGAUUUGACGUUUACGCUGAGCAAAUGUCCGAUUCGUUCAUACCACCCAUCUUGUCAGACUUUCCUUGAUCUAAUAGACGAUUCGACAUUUUUCGAGCCGAAUGACCAGCGAAUCCGCAUUCGCGGGGGCUCACGCCGCCGUCUGACGCCCAGAGAGCUUGAGCAACGCAAAUGCGCAAAGCCGGCACCGACAUCGGACCACCAAGAUACGUUUCUAGAACAGACUACAAGUCUAUACCAGAGCGAGCCUGUUGUAUUCUGGCCGCCAGACCUGAACUCGUCAUCCACAGAUCCUGCUCUUGCCGACCUGUAUGCGAUUCUCAACCCGCCAGGGCACGUUGGGAAUCUACACGGCAGUUGGGACGAUCGCUCACUCAUCUACGCUACUGGAGGCAAGGCAAAGGCCUUGGUGUUUAUUUCCUGGGAUCCUUUCAUCCGUCUAGCCGGCAUUCCAGCAUAUCCCCUUCACACGCUUCCCGGUACGCCCACGAGUCCGACCAACGGCGACUCAGCAAGCCGCCAGUCCUACCUUCCAACGAUCCCUCCACACCAAGGGAAAGGAAAGAACUGUGACACCGCAGGGUGGCCCCCAACCUCACAGCUCGGUGCAUCAUCUGGGCCCUCCCUGAACUUGAAGGCAGGUCUAGUCUCUGAGGCAACGAACCACCCCGAUUCCUCGUCCUGGAGAGUGUUUGAACCAGCUAGAUAUCGUGAGGUCUUACGAGGCUACCACUUUGCUCGCUAG